AUGAUAUCAUAUGUUGUGCAGGCUCUAUGGCGGCUAUUUAAAAGAUUCGAUGACUGAUCACACAACACUAUUACAUGGUGUUGUUCAUCGUUAAUAUUGCGUCAAUGUGUCUGCCAACGCAGUCAAUAACAUAUUAAAAAAUGGAUAAUACAAACAGCCCAAUAGAUGAGACAUUACUGACUGGGGCUGAAGGGUAUACAUCUUGUAUUGAUGAAAGAACUUUAGCAUGUACCCCAGCUCCUAUGGCAGCGUCCACUGUUGGCAGAGAGAGAGGAUUUCGCAGACAAAUUCCUCAAGAUACUGGAGGUUCUUUUUUGAAGUCCUUAUCACCAGAAGUAGACAAUAACUUAUCCAGCAGUGAUGAUAGGUCUUCACUUGGACUUCUACCAAGUAAUUGCCUGCUAGAAACAGACCUUCUACGCAAGGAUGUUAUAAGUCUCUCUCAGAGUAUUUUACCCCUGGAUACACCAGGCUUGGCCCGGGCUCCAGUGAACAGCAGCAGCAACAACUUGUACAGCAAGGUCUCCUCUGUGGAAUCUGCCUCAUCACGUGAACAAACCUCAGACUCCAACUCUCAUGACUUCCCCACUACAGUCAAGAAAUGUCCUCAAGGAGCUGGUGGCAGGCAGGGUGGUCGGUACAUCCCUCAAGCACUUUUUCAGAGUGUUGAGGAAGAGAACGAACAGAACCUGGAGGGCCAUGCGCCAGAAGGGAACGAUGUAAGGCAGACUCAUGAGUCCAGACAUGUGGCUGAAGAGUUCCACCAAACCACAGAUUCAGGAAUGGGGCAAACUAAUUUCACAGGGUCAAAGUUCAGCUAUGUGGGCCACAGUGGCAUGGGGCAGACAGUGUUUGCUGGGAGCCAUCAUGAACUGAACCAAUCUGGUGACAAGGCCAGCAGCUCCGGCAUGCCGGAUAGUUCAAAGACACAAACGCUGGCUAAACUGUUUGAUGGGGGUGAUGCUGAUGACAGUUCUCUUGCCUCACAGACCUCUCAGCCAGGAGAGAAAAGCAUUGUCAGCUUUGAAUCCAAACGGUUGAUUGAAAGCAGAAAAAAUAUGAGCUUUAGUGCCUCAGAUUUUGCUGGGGUGCUGAGUCGAGCGAUCACUUUUGUUCAGACAACUCCAGAAAUCAAGGGACAGCAGCAAGAUUACAAUCAAGCACUGGAAGAGGAGGACCAAGAUGAGGCGGAUCAUACCAUCAAUGUAAUUGAGCUGGAAGCUGAAGAUCUUAAAGAAUUGGAACAGUCUUUUUCAGAUCUUGAGAAUGAUUUUUCUGAUGAAGAGUUGUCUCCAGAAAAAGUUGAAAGGGCAAACAGCCAGGAAAUGAGAUUAGAUAUAUUGAAUGAAAUAAAAACCAUUGAAGAAAAUUCACCCAAAAUAAUGGAUGCUGCAUUUCCAUUUAUGGAUGGGCCAUUUAAAAUACCUUUGCCACCCAAAAAGCCACUCACGUUAAAUAAAUUAGCCAAUGAGCCUUUUGGUCCAAACGCUACAUCGUCUGCCAACCACUCACCUGAUGCGGAAACCUCCAAUGUGUUUGUGGACUCCAUCACAUCUCAUCAGACUAAUGAACAAACAUCAGAAUGGGGGCCCUCCAUCCAGUUUGCUGAUUCUGUCCAGCUUCCUGAGACGCCCCUCUCUUGUAAAGGGAUUCACCAGGCCACAUGGAGUGUUGAUGAGAACAAACAAAAUGACAACCAGAACAGCCAGUCAAGUUACAACCCUUUUGGGGACUUUGGCAAUGAUUUCAAUGAGGAUUUUGGUGGGGAAGAUUUCAUGGAGGAUUCAGGGGCUGUUGCUGCCAUGCUGGAAGAAGAUGAGCAGCAAUUCAAAAAGGAUCAUCUGGACACUAAUGAGUUUUUCAGCACCACCUUAGGGUCUGUUAGGGGUGACGACCAGACUUUUAUGAACAUGACAAUAGCAACCUACAUGGGGGCUAAGUCUGAAGAGAUGGGUUCCUUGACUUCCUGCAAGAGGGUCAGUAUAACUGUUUGUUGUUUAUGUUUACGGGGGUCUGUUAGGGGUGAUGACCAGACUUUUAUGAACAUGACAAUAGCAACCUACAUGGGGGCUAAGUCUGAAGAGAUGGGUUCCUUGACUUCCUGCAAGAGGGUCAGUGUAACUGUUUGUUGUUUAUGUUUACGGGGGUCUGUUAGGGGUGACGACCAGACUUUUAUGAACAUGACAAUAGCAACCUACAUGGGGGCUAAGUCUGAAGAGAUGGGUUCCUUGACUUCCUGCAAGAGGGUCAGUGUAACUGUUUGUUGUUUAUGUUUACGGGGGUCUGUUAGGGGUGACGACCAGACUUUUAUGAACAUGACAAUAGCAACCUACAUGGGGGCUAAGUCUGAAGAGAUGGGUUCCUUGACUUCCUGCAAGAGGUCUGAAGAGAUGGGUUCCUUGACUUCCUGCAAGAGGGUCAGUGUAACUGUUUGUUGUUUAUGUUUACGGGGGUCUGUUAGGGGUGACGACCAGACUUUUAUGAACAUGACAAUAGCAACCUACAUGGGGGCUAAGUCUAAAGAGAUGGGUUCCUUGACUUCCUGCAAGAGGGUCAGUGUAACUGUUUGUUGUUUAUGUUUACGGGGGUCUGUUAGGGGUGACGACCAGACUUUUAUGAACAUGACAAUAGCAACCUACAUGGGGGCUAAGUCUGAAGAGAUGGGUUCCUUGACUUCCUGCAAGAGGGUCAGUGUAACUGUUUGUUGUUUAUGUUUACGGGGGUCUGUUAGGGGUGACGACCAGACUUUUAUGAACAUGACAAUAGCAACCUACAUGGGGGCUAAGUCUGAAGAGAUGGGUUCCUUGACUUCCUGCAAGAGGGUCAGUGUAACUGUUUGUUGUUUAUGUUUACGGGGGUCUGUUAGGGGUGACGACCAGACUUUUAUGAACAUGACAAUAGCAACCUACAUGGGGGCUAAGUCUGAAGAGAUGGGUUCCUUGACUUCCUGCAAGAGGGUCAGUGUAACUGUUUGUUGUUUAUGUUUACGGGGGUCUGUUAGGGGUGACGACCAGACUUUUAUGAACAUGACAAUAGCAACCUACAUGGGGGCUAAGUCUGAAGAGAUGGGUUCCUUGACUUCCUGCAAGAGGGUCAGUGUAACUGUUUGUUGUUUAUGUUUACGGGGGUCUGUUAGGGGUGACGACCAGACUUUUAUGAACAUGACAAUAGCAACCUACAUGGGGGCUAAGUCUGAAGAGAUGGGUUCCUUGACUUCCUGCAAGAGGGUCAGUGUAACUGUUUGUUGUUUAUGUUUACGGGGGUCUGUUAGGGGUGACGACCAGACUUUUAUGAACAUGACAAUAGCAACCUACAUGGGGGCUAAGUCUGAAGAGAUGGGUUCCUUGACUUCCUGCAAGAGGGUCAGUGUAACUGUUUGUUGUUUAUGUUUACGGGGGUCUGUUAGGGGUGACGACCAGACUUUUAUGAACAUGACAAUAGCAACCUACAUGGGGGCUAAGUCUGAAGAGAUGGGUUCCUUGACUUCCUGCAAGAGGGUCAGUGUAACUGUUUGUUGUUUAUGUUUACGGGGGUCUGUUAGGGGUGACGACCAGACUUUUAUGAACAUGACAAUAGCAACCUACAUGGGGGCUAAGUCUGAAGAGAUGGGUUCCUUGACUUCCUGCAAGAGGGUCAGUGUAACUGUUUGUUGUUUAUGUUUACGGGGGUCUGUUAGGGGUGACGACCAGACUUUUAUGAACAUGACAAUAGCAACCUACAUGGGGGCUAAGUCUGAAGAGAUGGGUUCCUUGACUUCCUGCAAGAGGGUCAGUAUAACUGUUUGUUGUUUAUGUUUACGGGGGUCUGUUAGGGGUGAUGACCAGACUUUUAUGAACAUGACAAUAGCAACCUACAUGGGGGCUAAGUCUGAAGAGAUGGGUUCCUUGACUUCCUGCAAGAGGGUCAGUGUAACUGUUUGUUGUUUAUGUUUACGGGGGUCUGUUAGGGGUGACGACCAGACUUUUAUGAACAUGACAAUAGCAACCUACAUGGGGGCUAAGUCUGAAGAGAUGGGUUCCUUGACUUCCUGCAAGAGGGUCAGUGUAACUGUUUGUUGUUUAUGUUUACGGGGGUCUGUUAGGGGUGACGACCAGACUUUUAUGAACAUGACAAUAGCAACCUACAUGGGGGCUAAGUCUGAAGAGAUGGGUUCCUUGACUUCCUGCAAGAGGUCUGAAGAGAUGGGUUCCUUGACUUCCUGCAAGAGGGUCAGUGUAACUGUUUGUUGUUUAUGUUUACGGGGGUCUGUUAGGGGUGACGACCAGACUUUUAUGAACAUGACAAUAGCAACCUACAUGGGGGCUAAGUCUGAAGAGAUGGGUUCCUUGACUUCCUGCAAGAGGGUCAGUGUAACUGUUUGUUGUUUAUGUUUACGGGGGUCUGUUAGGGGUGACGACCAGACUUUUAUGAACAUGACAAUAGCAACCUACAUGGGGGCUAAGUCUGAAGAGAUGGGUUCCUUGACUUCCUGCAAGAGGGUCAGUGUAACUGUUUGUUGUUUAUGUUUACGGGGGUCUGUUAGGGGUGACGACCAGACUUUUAUGAACAUGACAAUAGCAACCUACAUGGGGGCUAAGUCUGAAGAGAUGGGUUCCUUGACUUCCUGCAAGAGGGUCAGUGUAACUGUUUGUUGUUUAUGUUUACGGGGGUCUGUUAGGGGUGACGACCAGACUUUUAUGAACAUGACAAUAGCAACCUACAUGGGGGCUAAGUCUGAAGAGAUGGGUUCCUUGACUUCCUGCAAGAGGGUCAGUGUAACUGUUUGUUGUUUAUGUUUACGGGGGUCUGUUAGGGGUGACGACCAGACUUUUAUGAACAUGACAAUAGCAACCUACAUGGGGGCUAAGUCUGAAGAGAUGGGUUCCUUGACUUCCUGCAAGAGGGUCAGUGUAACUGUUUGUUGUUUAUGUUUACGGGGGUCUGUUAGGGGUGACGACCAGACUUUUAUGAACAUGACAAUAGCAACCUACAUGGGGGCUAAGUCUGAAGAGAUGGGUUCCUUGACUUCCUGCAAGAGGGUCAGUGUAACUGUUUGUUGUUUAUGUUUACGGGGGUCUGUUAGGGGUGACGACCAGACUUUUAUGAACAUGACAAUAGCAACCUACAUGGGGGCUAAGUCUGAAGAGAUGGGUUCCUUGACUUCCUGCAAGAGGGUCAGUGUAACUGUUUGUUGUUUAUGUUUACGGGGGUCUGUUAGGGGUGACGACCAGACUUUUAUGAACAUGACAAUAGCAACCUACAUGGGGGCUAAGUCUGAAGAGAUGGGUUCCUUGACUUCCUGCAAGAGGGUCAGUGUAACUGUUUGUUGUUUAUGUUUACGGGGGUCUGUUAGGGGUGACGACCAGACUUUUAUGAACAUGACAAUAGCAACCUACAUGGGGGCUAAGUCUGAAGAGAUGGGUUCCUUGACUUCCUGCAAGAGGGUCAGUGUAACUGUUUGUUGUUUAUGUUUACGGGGGUCUGUUAGGGGUGACGACCAGACUUUUAUGAACAUGACAAUAGCAACCUACAUGGGGGCUAAGUCUGAAGAGAUGGGUUCCUUGACUUCCUGCAAGAGGGUCAGUGUAACUGUUUGUUGUUUAUGUUUACGGGGGUCUGUUAGGGGUGACGACCAGACUUUUAUGAACAUGACAAUAGCAACCUACAUGGGGGCUAAGUCUGAAGAGAUGGGUUCCUUGACUUCCUGCAAGAGGGUCAGUGUAACUGUUUGUUGUUUAUGUUUACGGGGGUCUGUUAGGGGUGACGACCAGACUUUUAUGAACAUGACAAUAGCAACCUACAUGGGGGCUAAGUCUGAAGAGAUGGGUUCCUUGACUUCCUGCAAGAGGGUCAGUGUAACUGUUUGUUGUUUAUGUUUACGGGGGUCUGUUAGGGGUGACGACCAGACUUUUAUGAACAUGACAAUAGCAACCUACAUGGGGGCUAAGUCUGAAGAGAUGGGUUCCUUGACUUCCUGCAAGAGGGUCAGUGUAACUGUUUGUUGUUUAUGUUUACGGGGGUCUGUUAGGGGUGACGACCAGACUUUUAUGAACAUGACAAUAGCAACCUACAUGGGGGCUAAGUCUGAAGAGAUGGGUUCCUUGACUUCCUGCAAGAGGGUCAGUGUAACUGUUUGUUGUUUAUGUUUACGGGGGUCUGUUAGGGGUGACGACCAGACUUUUAUGAACAUGACAAUAGCAACCUACAUGGGGGCUAAGUCUGAAGAGAUGGGUUCCUUGACUUCCUGCAAGAGGGUCAGUGUAACUGUUUGUUGUUUAUGUUUACGGGGGUCUGUUAGGGGUGACGACCAGACUUUUAUGAACAUGACAAUAGCAACCUACAUGGGGGCUAAGUCUGAAGAGAUGGGUUCCUUGACUUCCUGCAAGAGGGUCAGUGUAACUGUUUGUUGUUUAUGUUUACGGGGGUCUGUUAGGGGUGACGACCAGACUUUUAUGAACAUGACAAUAGCAACCUACAUGGGGGCUAAGUCUGAAGAGAUGGGUUCCUUGACUUCCUGCAAGAGGCCUGACCUGGGCAUGCCAGUAUUUAGCCCACCUUCCACCAGAGUUGUCAACCCUAUCAUCUCACCUGAAAAACUAUCCAGCCCUGAAGAGCCUAAAACCAAGAAGCCAACGCCUUCUGUUGAACUCAAACAACUGCCUGCUCAGCUCAGAACUUUCACAAAAGAGACAAACCUGAUGGAUGACUCCAUUGUUUUUCCCCUCUCACAACAAAGCCAAAGCCCACCUAUCAGCUUGAAGCCAAAUUUCAAACAGUUCACUGACAACAUCACUAGAAAUUUGAGCCCGGUCUUUGACAGGGACUCUCAGAUUUUCGACAAGCCGCCCCUCAACUUUAUUGAUGUGCCUACUAUCAGCAAGGUUACAAAAACAAAUUCUGAAGUUGACACAAAAGGGAUGAAAAGCACCCCCUUCGCAGAAGUCACCCAAAACACAAACACACCAAGUUCAAGCCCCAGGGUUAAAGACAGCAAGGAUACCUACCCUGAUUCUUCCUUUUCCAAUCUCUCCCAGUACUUGAGGGAAGCGCAAGAUAUGACUGUCAACUCUACUGCCACUGACCUGACAUUCAGCAGCCUGCACAAGCUGCUAGAGAAGUCCCAGUUCAACAUGACCAACCCAGAGAAGCUGAUUCUCUCAGAGGUGGAGAAAAAAGUGGAUGAGAAGAAGGCAGCCAGAUCUGCCGUUGCUAAGGAAAACAAACUCCCCAAACCUGAGAUGAGUUUUGUUGAGAUAAGGAGUGCAGCGGCAGUCAGUGAAGCCUCGGUGGGUGGUAAAGAUGGCAGUAAAUACAAGCAGGGGGUUGUGGCAAAAAGUGAAGGAAGUUCUAGCCAAGUGAGUUCUCCUGUGAUAAGUAAUGAGGACAGUCUUAGUGGUGCAGGAAAAUCUGGGACUAGAAAUACACUGGGAUUUGAGGGAGUUGACACACAGAACAAGGCUGAUGCUGGAGAGGUGUCGCCUGUGUUCAAAGUCCCGUUCCCUGUUUCAAGUAGCUUGUUGCCUCAUAGAAACAAAUCAAAGAGUCGGAUUCCCAGACUGGCACAGCAGUCUAGCAAACCUGGCUCGUCCCAGCCUAGAGGUCCGGAAUGUCAGGAGAGUGAGAGAUCCAAGGAUUCAGGUGUUCCAAGUUCUGUUGAACUCAGCCACAGGGGUACAGAGCUGGGGUCCAUCAGUGGCAUGACGCUGCUGGAGUGUUCACUUGCCCCUGGGGACCUGGCUAACAGCUCCGACUCAACUGUGGUAGUCGAUGGCAAGUCAGACUUGCCUGAUCACAGCUCAGCUGGGUUCAAAACCUUGCAUGUGUCUAUGUCUCAUCAGUCGGCUCACCCUCUAGGGAAGAGCUCCCACCCCAACACAGACAUGAUGACGCCAGCUCACAUUCCAUAUAAGGACUUGUCACUAAGGUCGCACCUCUCGCAGAUACCUGAAAUCUACGAGCCCUCCAUAUCCCAGUCACAAAAACAGUUGUACAGUCUGGUGGCUGAGGAGACCAACCAGACAAACAUGACGCUAGAGAGUGUGUCCAUCAAUGCUUACAACUCCCACCUUGAAGCUCCACACUCCUGGCCCACCUCUGUCCAUCACAACUGGAAAGCUCAUCCCAACGAUACUUUGAACUUUCAACCCAAACAAGACAGAUCACUCAUAGGCAACAGGACCACAAAAGACUUUCAGAACUAUGAGUAUGCUGAUGCCACAACGUUGGGAGAGGAUGCUUCGGUUCUACAGUUCCACUCCCUGAUUCAGGACAACACCCAGUCCAUCCUCCAGCAGACAGAGCUUCACAAUGACUUUGCCUUCAGUACGCCAAUGACUGGACACCUCCCCAAUAUGAAGAGGUUUGAUUAUAGCAAGCUGCCUGAGAAAUCUAUCUUACCACUAGUGACUCCCAAUGCUGCCAUUAAUUUUCUGGAGCUGCCCAAGACAGUUUACUUCCCCGAUGCCUGCUGUGUGCACUUGUCACAGCAGACCAGUUUUCCCAUCACAAACCUGCUGGACAAGGGGGUCAAAUGUCUGCUGACCUUCAGAGAUGUCAGGUUCAACAACCAGAGGAUCACAACUGGACACUAUCCAUUUGAGCUCAAGAGGCAACACACCCUGAGUCCCUGCUCCACAGAACAGAUUCCGGUUAUGUUUCGGCCAAAAGAUGGUGGGGAGUAUUUAGCUGUGGUUGAGGUCCAUGCCCAGAAUUUGACCAGCCCUAAUGAGAACAGGACGUACACCUUGACACUAAUGGCAACUGCUGAGUUACCUACCCUUAAGUUGUCACCUGUUGAGGAUGAAAUAGAUUUUGGAGAUCUUCAUUGGGGGAAAUCAGCUUGUAGGUCUAUCAGGGUGCAGAAUAUUGGCAAGGCAACGGUUCCUUUAAGAUUCUCUAUUAACAGGCAAGAGUCCUCUCUGUGUCAGUUCACCUUCCAAUCUGAGAGGGUCUCUGAGAUGUCCAUGAUCUCUUUCACCACCAAACCCAUCGGCAUUGGCAGCGUGUUUGCCAUUACCUUGCCAGGGAAAAAGGGAGAUAACAUCUGUACUGAGACUGUACAUGUGUAUUGCCAUGCUAAUGAUGCACAAAAAGUUAAUCGAAAAUACAUGAAGACUGCCGAGAAGUUCCAUGCCACACUGAGUCUUGGGGUAGACAUGCCAGUAGAGGACAUUGAUCUCCUGUGUGUGACUAAACUUCGUGUCAAUGUGGGCUAUUCAAAGCUUCAUGUUGACAAAAGUAACAUGUCCAUCUAUGCCAUACCAGGAAAAUCUGGCCAGGGAGUUGUAAAGCUGAUCAAUUCUGGCAACAUCACCUUGCCUGUAGAUAUUUAUUUUGAGCCUUCCAGACAUCAGUUCAGUGUCAGCAGCAAUCAUGUGGACAUACCAGGUGGCGGGGACGUGCCGGUGUAUGUGACCUUCACACCACAGCCAACGCGGGACAGCGCUGAGGACAACAAUGUGCACCUGAUGCUACAGACCACAGAUACAGAUAGUUAUAUAUCUGUUGUGGGCAAGAUCAGAGCCAAGGAAGUGAGGAUAUCUGCUACAGUGGCAGCACUGAACUUUGGCGGAGUCAGCCUAGGCCAGACCAAGAAACUAAUGUUUACAUUUUUUGCCAAUGAUGAUGCUGAUAUUAAACUGCGCAUUGGAGGGGAUAGCUCUAUAUUCAAAUUCACUUACCCUGAUGAAGCUUCCAGCUGUAACAGCAUCGACAUGAAAGUCCUCAAAGACAAGCAGUACUCAGUGGCUGUCAGUUUUACACCCAAUGCAGUCGAUCAUUUUUCUACUGUCCUCUCCCUUCAGAUACUCUAUGCCAACAGAUUUACCAUCCCAACCAGUGGUUAUGGAGGAACCAGCAACCUGACCUUCAGUAACAUAACCACCCUAGACACUGGAGAAAAGUGGCUGGACCUCGGAGUACUCAAGGCUGGGACCUCCAUUCUACAGAAGGUCAUGGUCAGAAACAGUGGAGUCCGGUGCUGCUUUGUGAAGGCUACUUGCUGUGAUGUCUCGCAGCUAGAGUUCCAGCCUAACAGAGCUACUGUCAUGCCUUCAGCCCUGCUCCUUCUGCCUAAUGAAUCUAAAGAGUUGAUAGUAAUGUUCUGUCCUACACAAAAAGAAAUGGACUUGUGCAAGUCAGGACGGGCCAUAGUUGCCUUUAUAAAGAUAACCUAUGGGGAUGAGGUCAUCAGGCAGAUGUUCCUGGCGAAUCCUGGGAAACAUUCACGACAGAUUGUCUACAACUUUGACAUCCCACUGACCAAUACACAGAAACAACAGGUGGAUUUGGAGAUGAAGAAUAUGAGCUGCCAUGGUGACUGCUAUUCAUUUCUGAAGAAAAGUGUGUCCGUGGUCAAGAUAGGCUUGUUUGGACAGCACCAAGAAGUCCAGCCUGUCCCUCACCUGGCACUGACAGAGACCAUAAGAUCCCCCAUGACCCUACAACGGCCAGCUCUGACCCAGGUGAACACCAACAUCCAGCCCCAACAGAACAGAAGUAAAGACGACUGGAAUGUGGCGCCUCAAGAAAUUCAGCUCAAUGUUGAUGACAUUUCUUCAAAAAGUACAGUUCAAGUGAUUAAUUUUUCUUCCUCUGAAAUUAUGAUUUCUGUGGAUUGUGAUAACAUUUUUUCUGUCUCCCCAACAAGAACCCUAUUAAAAGCAAGGAGCACAAUGUCAUUAAACAUUGGAGUAAAUCCCUCAGCCCUAGCAAACAAAAGUUCAGCACAGUGCGGACUUGUUCGUGUUUACUGUCAACAGGAAAUUAAGUACAUCAAGGUGUUUAUCAUACAAAAGCCUGGAUGGUUCCAGAACCCAGGAAUUAGUCCAGUUGUCCACUCUACUCUAUCCUCUCCGCACGCCUCGCCCAACAAAAUACCUGUAACCUUCAGCCGCUCUGCCGUAACCCCCUCUCAGCAGUAUGCUCCAGCCAUGCCUGACUACCCCAUGGACUUGCCAGAGAAGUUGCCAGCAGAACAGGCCAAUGUCUGUUCACCUUCACUUGCCAGUAAACAAGCUACAUUACCCACAGAUAAAACAAAGCUAUUAAUUGAGGCCUCUGAUAAAGUUUUUGUUCCAACCACGACUGCUGGCUCUAAAAUUGUCUGUAUGUACAUGUUCACCAACAAAAGCUUUGAAUCAAUUUCCUGGAAUAUUAUCCCCUUGGCCAUGCCUUAUGUGCAGUAUGCAAACAGUACAAGCCAGGUGUACAGAGUAGACUAUGAAGCAUUCAAGUUAUCUCCCACUAAUGGUACUCUUCAACCUAAUGAAACUGCAAAGAUAAGUGUCCAGUUUAGUCCGAAGACAAAGGGCUCGUACAACCAGGCUUGGAUUAUAAAUGAUUUAACUAGAGAUCACAGUUCACUUCAUAAGUUUACUCUCUAUGCUAAAGCAAUACCUAGUCAGUUAAUGGCUGUUGCUGAAAAGUCAGAUGAGCUACCAGCAGGCCUGAGCCAAACCACUCUGUCUCAUGGUAAACUAUCUAGUCACUCCUUCAGCAGCACAGCUAGCUCUGAGGAUCACACCAGGCCUCCGUCUGCUGGGUCACCAGACAGGGGGACUGUCACAGCUGGGUCACCAGGCAAGGUGACACAACCAAGGCCUGCUGGGUCACCAGGCAAGGUGACACAACCAAGGACCGCUGGGUCACCAGGCAAGGUGACACAACCAAGGCCUGCUGGGUCACCAGGCAAGGUGACACAACCAAGGACCGCUGGGUCACCAGGCAAGGUGACACAACCAAGGACUGCCAACCCUGAUGCAUCACCCCACACUGUGAAAGACUCUGACCCCCAUAUCCAGUUGGGGCGAGCUAAAAGCAUCCCAUCGUGGAGUCCUGUGACAGCGAGGGAUGCCGCCACACCAUCUCCCCACAGUUCUUCUGCUCCAACAGGGCUAGAGUCCAACACACCGUCUGCAUCAUCUGCCUCGUCUAAAACCUCCUCAACUCAGUGUCUUUAUCCAGGGGGAGACAACAACUCCACAAGAUCAGGAACAAGCAAGAAGAGCAUGAGGUGUGUCCAUCUACCCAACCCUAGUCUCAAGUUCCCAACUCUACACAAAAUGGAAUGUGCCAUUGUUAAACUUGAUAUUAUGAACCCAAGUGAAGCCACUGAGCUUGCAGUCACCAGUCAGCCCAAUCCACCUUUCCUUAUCAAACACACUGUUGUCAAGCUUGGCAAAGACAAAAAGGUUUUCUUUCCUGUGACCUUCAAACCAAGACAUGUGGCAAAGUUCAAAGAUCAGCUUGUGUUCACAGAAUUAGCUACUGGGAAAACCCUGACAGCCACACUUGAGGCAGAGUGUGUUGACUGAUUUUUUUUAAAUUGGCCAGAUUUUUAUAAACGUUUAAUUAUUGCCACAAGUGUUUUUAGCUACAGUUGAUGCAGACUGGUAUCUGUAAAAGAAUUAUUUUUUGUAAACAAAAACAGAAUUUGUGCAAUUUGAAUAUCUGUAUUUGAUAUAUAUAUAUAUUUCUGCCAUCAUUUUAAUAAAACUCACUGCAAUUCUUGUCUUUCCUAUUUAAAAAAAAAUCAAACAAUGGAAAUUUUUUUUUUGCGACAUUUAAAAUAUUUUCUGUCAAUUGUAUCCAAUGAUCAAAUGUUACAUACUUUUUUUUAUAAGUAAAUUACCUGUUUAUUCAAUGUGUUCAAAUGUAAAUAUUCUAUGGAAAUUUUUGCAACAUUUUACAAUGGUCUAUUUUUCUGAGGAUGAUUGUUAGCAUUAAAAAAAAAUGUGCCUUAAUGAGCAAUGUUCAUUUUACAUUUUAAAGAAGUAAAUUGCCUUAGGGAGUCACUGUGUUCAAAUGUAAAUAUCUUGACUUGCAUUUAUCUAAUACCUUGUUAAAAUAUUGUUGUGUACUGUUGUUUUGUGAAGGUGUUCCUUCAUGAUUCACUUGUUAAUAUUUACAAGUUUAUUACAAGAAAGAAAAAAAAUCAUUCACAAGCCUAUUGUAAAAUAUUAGUUUAUAAUGAACUUUCCUACAAGAGGAAAAGAAAAUUGAGUAAAGUAACUAUUCAUAUUUUUGAAUUGGUUGUUAUCUAGACUGGUAAGCUGUAAAGGACUUCCAAUUUUUAACUGACUUUGUAUGUGCCUUACUGUUUUUACAAUUUUGAUUUAAUCAAGUGUUCUAUAUGAAUAAACGUGAAGUUCAUAUUUUA